AUGAAUAAUCGUAAAGCCAUAAAGAGGGUUCUCAAACCCGUGAUUGAAAAGAAGAGGCGUGACAGGAUUAAUCAACGCUUGGAUGAGCUACGGACUAUUCUGCUAAGGAACACUUCUGACAUGAGGCUAAAAAAUCCAAAAUUGGAAAAAGCUGAAAUUUUAGAGUUGACUGUUGAUUAUAUAAGAAGAAAAGCAAAUGGAAAGGACAGCAAAGAAAAUAUAAUGAAAGAGUCCUCGGCUCCAGUAACUAGCACUGUGACCUCCCAGAAUAUAAGCACCAUACAGGAGAACACACAGCCCCUACACAACCCUAUAUACAGUGCAGGUUUCAGAGAAUGCAUCUCUCGACUGGACAACUACAUAGACAGCGUGGACCCCUCCCAGAGAGAGAGCUUUGUCCAGGAAAUGAGGGACCACCUGGAUACCCACAGUGCCUUCUCUCAGGGGAGGGUGCAGAGCCCGGCCUUUCCCCUGGACCUCCAGCCUUGGGGGCUUACAGCAGAAGGACCAUGCUUCAUGAGCAGAGGCCCGAACAGGAAGGACAGCACAGUGACGGGUCAUCAACGAGCCAGCAGGGAGGCCACGUUCCCCUACAUCAACACCUCUCUUCCCAUCUAUCCCAACACCUUUGUGCUCCACCACCACCACCCAGCAACACAUACUCAACACCUCUCACCCCCAUACCCAUCUCCCCCUUACUCCCUCUCCCCCCCACCCUCCCCCUGUUACUCAAGUUCCUUGUCACCUUUCACCAGCACCCCUCCAUUCCUCUCCUUGCCAUGCCACUUCCCCUUCCCUUCCUCCCCCUCUCAGCUUUCCUCAGAUUCCUUGUCAUCCUCUUGUCACAAUACAUCUCAGGCUGUGGGGCCUCUGGUACCAUCCCAUCCUCCCUUGGUGUCUAGUACCCCCACACCUCUCCGUCCCUUUGGCCCUUUGCCCGAUGCCCCAAUAAGGACUCUGAGGCGGUCACUAUUUCAGAUCCAGCCCCAGACAGUAUGGAGGCCCUGGUCCUGA